UUUUAUGGCGGAAACCAGUUUCAGCUGGUUUCCGAUUCCCUUUUACAGUUCGAAAUGCACAAGAUGUUUUCAGAGACUUUCCCAACGACAGGUGGGACAUAUCCUGGAGGAAUUGAGAGAAAAUGACGAAACUGUUUGGACCCCUGUACAUUGCUUUUUGCCUUCAGGUCCAACCUUUUGUUGUUAAUAAGAAGUUGUAGAAUGGAUUGGGUGAUUAUAAAGUGACAAAAUAAUUCCAAACUUAAUUUGAUUUUCUGCUCCCCAGCAACGUGACGUUCCACGCAUGUGGGUAUCAUAGUUUUGUGGCAGAUAAUAAUAUACGGAGGACUUCCUCUUGAGGCCGGGCUAUCCAAAGUACCAUGGGUAACACACGCUCUAAAACAGCCCGCCAACGGACUGAUGUCCCUACCACGAUGCAACAAUCUGAAGCAGCCUACCAACGGACUGAUGUCCCUACCACAAUGCAACAAUCUGAAGCAGCCGACCAGUGGACUGAUGUCCCCACCACGAUGCAACAAUCUGCAGCAGCCUACCAACGGACUGAUGUCCCUACCACGAUGCAACAAUCUGAAGCAGCCUACCAACGGACUGAUGUCCCGACCAUGAUGCAACAGGAGGCUCACGUACCCUCAGCUGCAACAGAUACCUCACAACAAACUGGAACCAUCGGAAACAUCAGUGAAGUCAGCGGUAGCCACAAUUCUUUUGUUGUUGGUGCACGUGGAGUUAGUAUCACUAACAUCUUCCCAUUACAGGGACCAGGAGUGCCUGCACACAGACCUCAGCACAGUCAGAGCCCAGACCAAGAACCAAGGCUGGGGGCUCCUAGCUACCAAGAUGUCGGUAACAAGACUAGGGACAUUUUGAAGAGAGUUUAUCAAACAACAGGCAGUUACGUGCAGUUGCUGCCUAGGGUUGCUAAUGACCAAAUGCACAUAGCUAGUAUUUACACCAAAGUACGGUUAGAAACACGGGAAGGGGUAGCAGUUGUCUGUACGCCUACAGGGAAAACUGCUAAAAAAAGUAGCCAAAGAGGAGAAACUGUAAACUCAAUAGAGUAUGACAAAAUAUUCAGAUUAAGGAAAGGAACUGAGGAACUCAUCAAACGCCUCAUUUUCGUUGGCGAAGGAGGGGUAGGGAAGUCAACCAUUUUUGAUAAGAUUGCAUACGACUGGGCCGAGGGUGAAAACGAAUUCCUGAAAAGAUUCGAUCUCGUUUUUCUUUUAAAGAUGUGUGCCCUGCGUCAAGAAUCCAAUCUUGUUGAUUCCAUAUUAAAUCAACUUCUAGACGAAGAUUCAGGAAUAUCAAGAGAUGAACUUGAAAGAGUCAUCCAGGCCAAACCAAAUAAGGUCUUGAUUCUGUUGGAUGGGUUUGAUGAAAUGAUGACCAAAGCACUCGAUGAAGCCCCGUUCGGUUCUAUCCUAAUAUCACUCAAUAGAAGAAAAUACCGUCAAUGUUGCAUUUGUGUAGCAACCCGCCCCUCUCAUCUUGAGACACUGACGUCACCAUCACUUGUCCAAAAUCCUUGCACACACGUAGAGGUUCAGGGGUUUAAAAAGGGGGAUGUUGAAGAAUACGUUCGGAAAUUCUUUAACGAAGAUUCUGAUAGUGGCGAAGCACUAAUCCAAAGCAUUAAAAAGUCCAACACGCUGCGUGAUUUUGCUAAGAUACCUAUGUUGCUGCUGCUUAUGUGCUUGUUGUGGAGGGAGAAUAAACAACUCCCCAAAACAACUUCACGCCUCUUCAAUAAGGCAGUUGAUCACAUGUUCUCAACAAAAGACGAGGACAAGGAAAGACCAUCAGAUGCAAAAAAGAGAAAGCCAAAAAUAUCAAACGUAUCCAAAACAGUUCCGAUCGAAAUAGGACAAACUGCGCUGCGUGGACUCAUGAGUGGCCAAUUCUCAUUUCAAGAAGAUGAGUUUAAACCGGAGGUGCUAGACCAGGCACUAAAAGCAGGCAUCCUAACAAAACAGAGUGGUAUCAAAAAUCUCAAAUCCCACAACAGCAUUCAAUUCAUGCACACUAUGCAACAAUACUGUGCCGCGAAAUACUUGCAGAGUUUAAAAAAAGGCGAAUUUCAGCGCAGUUUGGAGCCAUUGUGUUCAACAAUAGAUCGCGUUGUUUCAAAUGAGUACCUUUUGCGUUUUUGCUCUGGUGACAAUGAGAAAUGCAUGACAGACAUCGUAAACUUGCUUGGCCGUAGUAAGUUCGAUGAGGAUGAGCGCAGCUACAAAUCAUUCGUUAUAAAUACGAUUUGUCGAAACUGCUUUUUUGAAAGCCAGUCAGAAAGGGUCCCACGGGGUCUCACAAGCAGCACGCAUAUCCCAUCAACUAUCGAUGUGCGUAACAAUAAUGAUUUCCACAGUCUCUUAUACUUUCUUGAAAUCAUCUGCAAGUCCGACAGCGGCACAGCACAACUGACAUGCGUUGCAGAUAUUGAGGUUUCUCGCGCAUCUUCGGUCAGUGAUUUGGACUUCGCCCUGGGUUACAUGGAAAACCUCAGCACCUUUAGGCUCAUAGAAUGUUCUCUGAGAAAUAGUGCUCUUGUGAAAAUUCUGUCCGAACUGAAAUGCAACCAACGGUUGACCUUUCUUGAAUUAGAGAACUGUGAUGGACUGGGAGGUAGAGCUGUAGAAUGGGCCCCUCACAUCAAACACUUGACAAGCCUCAUCUACCUUAUUAUAUAUCAAUGCAAACUACAGGCAAAAGACAUUGAACACAUUACCUCGUCUGUAAGUGACAUGCCCAGCCUGAUUCACUUGAGUCUUGCUUCGAACGACGAAUUGGGCGGAACGGCUUCAUCAUGGUCCACAGAAUUGCCAAAACUGACGCACAUAAAAGAGCUGGACCUGGGCGGUUGCGAUUUGUCACCGACAGACAAUAAAUACAUCGCCUCGGCUGUAGGUGACAUGCCCAGCUUGACCACCUGGGCCCUUUGGGGUAAACGAUAAAUCGGGUGAAUUGGCUGAGUCGUGGCCAAGGAAUUACCGAAAAUGACGCACUUAAAGAAGCUGAGCCUGGAAAGUUGCAAUUUGUUACCGACAGACAUGAAACACAUUGCCACAGCUGUAGGUGACAUGCCCAGUCUGACUGACUUGGACAUCUCUUGGAACACAUUUGGCGGAUUAUUGUGGGCCAAUGAAUUACCGAAAAUGAAACACUUAAAUAAGCUGAACCUGAGAAAAUGCAAGUUGUCACGGACAGACAUGGUACACACAUCGCCUCGGCUGCAGGUGACAUGCCCAGACUGACUGACUUGGACCUAAGAGGCAACCACCGAUUGGAUGGAUUGGAUGGGUUUGGCCUACAGUCCCGCAGCCCGUCACUUACGGUUCAUAUGGGUGACUGGUAAAAACAAACUCCAAGUGUGGACAUUUUCAAUACAAAGAAACAAUUUCUACAAGAAAAUAUCAAAAAGUAAAUACAAAAUGAAAUUGGAGAUAUUUAAGUGCGCUGAACAAAAUUACAAAAGAAGGGAUAGUCCUGGAAACUUGGACGAGUUGAUAUUCGACGUGUUAUUUAUUAACACUCUGAAAUCGGGGACUCGGAUCUCUAAAAAAUAAUGUCUCAGUCCAGAAUGCCUGCUUGCAAUUCAAACAUUAAUAUCGUACACUCUCGAUUCAGAUCGUCAGUACAGUACAGGGUCACGCUGUGUGUAAGACAUAGCUGUUCACCCUCUACGUUUGACACAGUGGUUUGCCAUCAAAGUCAAACGUACACUCUUAUAAGUCCCGGGUCAGAUUCGACCCGGAAUCCGUGUCAGAUUCGACCUGACACACUUCUGGGUCAAAAUGACAGUUUGUAAUGCAUGUAAAAAGCAGAAAGCAGAAUUUCUAUGUCAAAAUCACGAUUAUUUUAGUCGAAAUGAGGAUCAUCUGGGUCAAAUGGCCGGAAAGGUGGCCCUAGCUUGAAAGCUAGUGUAAUUUUGACCCGGAAAAGUGCCAGGUCAACUCUGACCUGGAUUCGGGUCAAAUCUGAUUUGCCGAUUGUGCAUCUGCAAAACCUUUUAAAUUGGCAAACAAAAUUAUAAUAGGCUUCAAACCCGAACGUGUGUGCAAGAAAACAUCGUUGAUUUGAAAACCUAGUGGAUGUAUCGUACUCGUUGAUUUCUUAUCAAACACUGAGGCUGUUUGGGUGUUUUAGUCCAUUUCCUUCACAAGUUCAAACUUGUUGGCCAAAUAACGUGCAUGCAAGUAUAUAAUUAUGUAUAACGUUCAAACAGUGAGUAACAUUCGAGUACUUUUGGGAUUCAUCCAACCACUGAUGGCAACUACGUGUAUAUUUUUGUAAAUAAAUUAUAUUUUUAUAGACGCGUUGGCCUGACAAUUGUACAUUUGUGUAAAUACCGUUGAAAGAAAUGUCUAUUCGUCUGGUUUUAAGAUUACUAAAACCAAAAUUGUUUAAAUUUUGUUAAUAAUUUGUAUAAACGUUGGUGCGAAGAUCGAUGUGAAGAUCGAUUUAAAAAAAAAAACUGCGAGUGAUGGAAUCAUUGUUUUGUCCCGGACCCAGCAUCAAAGGGGGCGGGGAUACCGGUUGCCUAAGCAACUGUAUUAGGGAUUAUAUCCGUUGAAAAUCAAGACUACCC